AUUCGUACAACGAUACUAUUAAUGGCUAGCGUGCAACCAUUGUUGGCGUGUUUUGGCCUUGGUGGUAAUGGUGCUGCUGCACCAACAGUAGUAUGUUGCCCUGUGGCUGCACCCUCAUGCGCUCCAGCAGUUCCAGCAUGUCCAUCGGGUGGAGGGUGA